CCCAUUCAUUUCCUGAGAACUGCCUAAGCUGAGCAGCUGAGAGGCAGAAGGGGAGGGAGCUGCUCACUCACAUACACUCACUCACCCACUCACUCACUCACACACACACACACACACACACACACACACGUACAUACACGCAGAGUGAGAGGAGAGAAGAGGAGAGGAGAGGGAGAGGAGGAGAGGAGACAGAGAGGACUGUAGAAAGGAAAACAGUGUCCUAGUCUCCACGGCUCUGCAGCUUCUGACAAGGCACCCUCAGAAACAGGAUGUUAAUGCUUGACGGAAUGCCUGCAGUCCGAGUCAAAGCUGAGCCCCUGGAAUCGGAACAAGGGUCACCUAAAGUGCGCCCUUAUUCUGCGAUGGACGGCGUCCCUUUCUUCCUCAGCAGAGUUAAACCUGAACCUCCAGAAGACCUGCUUGCUCACGAUCUGCACUUCCACACACAAACCGAGCCCGUUGACCUGUCAAUCAACAAACCCCGCCCCUCCUCUUCGUCCACCAUCCCUACCACCACGACCUCAUCAUCAUCCCCUCUCAGAUCUGCCUUCUCCCCGUCUUCUUUAUCGUCGUCAUCCUCCUCCUCCUCCUCCUCUUCCUCCUCUCCAUCAGUCAUCACCUCAGCCUCAUCGGUGCUCACACCAGGCCCUCUGGUCGCCCCUGGCACUGGGGUGAGAGGUCAGCCGUAUUUGCACAUCCUGCACUCUGUGCCGCCGCCUCCAUCCAGCCCUCUGAGCCUGCAGGGAGCAGGGAAGCUAGCCAGCCAUGUUCACCGCAUCCCAGUUGUGGUACAGUCACUGCCCCUCAUGUACACCACUGCCGUUCGAUCACCCUCCAGCCUCAACAACGCCAUCAUGCUACCUCUGCUGGAUGAGGUCAAAAGCCAGGGCAAAGCACACACGGACCCCAAUGGCCUGUCGCCAAGGCAGAUCAAAAGUGACAGCGAUGACGACGACCUGCCAAACGUGACCUUGGACAGUGUUAAUGAGACCGGCUCCACUGCGCUGUCUAUAGCCCGCGCCGUUCAAGAUUCCAUGUCCCCGUUCAGUAUUGACAGCAUACGGCGCCCACGGAGGUCAGAGUCACCGGAUUCUAAAAAGAGAAGAAUCCAUAGAUGUGACUUUGAGGGCUGCAAUAAGGUGUACACCAAAAGCUCCCAUUUAAAAGCACACCGAAGGACGCAUACAGGGGAAAAGCCAUACAAAUGCACCUGGGACGGCUGCACGUGGAAGUUCGCCCGCUCCGAUGAGCUGACGAGGCAUUACAGAAAACACACGGGGGUCAAGCCCUUCAAGUGUGCAGACUGUGACCGCAGCUUCUCCAGAUCUGACCACUUGGCUCUGCACCGACGGAGACAUAUGCUGGUGUGAAUCAGACGGAGAGAGAUAAAGAAAGAAAGAGAGAGAGCGCAAGAGAGAGAGAGAGAGAGAGAGAGAGAGAUCAAUGGAACAAACAAACACACACACACACACACACACACACAGGCAGCCGGGGGAGCGGGAUCUCCCUGUGAAUGUUUUUCAGCUGGCCUGGACGUACACACGUACACAUACAUAAACGCACACACACACUCUCAUCCGUCAUGAGGAGAGAAGACGUAGAGGUGCACAGAGCUUGUGGAGCACAACACAGGGUCACUUCUGGAUCCUCUUUGGGUUGGAAGGAAUAGACGGCAGGAUCUUUUAUCGUCAUUGUUUGGAGUAUAAUAGGGAACUGGCCUUUACAGCACUGUUCAUAAAUAUUUCACUUUGAUUUUUAAAAUGAACUCGCACUCUUCAUUUUGACAAAAAAAAAAAUAUUUUUAAUGCAAUCGCAACAGUCUCUGUUUUGGUAUCUUUUCUUUUCAUUAGUGUUCAAAUGGCUGCUUGUCCAGCAUUCAUAAUGUGAAAGACCCCAUUGUAAGGAAUGGAUUUUUCUGUGUGAGCAGAAAGAAGUUAUGCCUGGACUGGAUCACAGAAAAAGGAUUUGGGCCUAGUUGGAGUUACAGGCAGCGUUGUUUCGCGGUGCCUCCCCGUGAGUCCGAUUACUGACCAGCAGAGGACGCCCUUUCAUCACGGAUGGUUUCUUUUCGCCUGCUGGAGUCUGCUGUUUUGUCAGAGGCAUCCCAUAUAAAAGCUGAAAGAGGGCUGGACUUUCACCUUUCCCAUAGCCAGCAAACAUUAAAAGGCAAGACUCAAAUAGCCACAGCCCUGAAUGGAUCAACCUCAGCAACACCUCCACUGUUUCAGACAUUCAUUGGCUCAUUUCAAACGAUGGAAAAUAGACAUGCAUAUCAUCCCACCAGCAAAGAAACACACCAUUUAUGACUUACUCACAGGGCCGGAUUACCCCAAAUAACAUCAGUGCUAUUCUUUAUGUUGAGCCUCUUGAAAUCUUUGGUUGAUUUUGUGCUGUGAUUAGCAAUCAGUAAAGUGCAAUCUUAAAGGAUAAAUAUACUUUCAGUAUGACAACGUUUUGUUAAUUGAAUCUUGCUUCUUCUUCUUUUUUUAAAAAAAAAAAAAAGCCUGCUUAUUGCUUAUGUUUGACUCAGAAAAAUACAACCCCUCAUGUACAGUGAACUUUGAAACAAUCAGAGGAGAAUUUCAGUAUGUGAAAAAAAUAAUAGAGGCACCUUACAGACUCAUGCUUUCAUUCUGUCCUGAUCUAUCUGUUUUUAUUAUUCAGCUCUGUUUUCUCAGCUGGGUUUGGCAGUGAAAGGAAUUUGUGUUGGUGGUUUUGCACAGCAGCACUUGACCAUAAGCUGACAUUGAGACCGGCUAGUGUUACAGGGAUAGCGUGGUACCUGAUGUACAAUACAGAAGAGCAAUACAUUCUGAACAAAGUGAUGAGAAGGAACGUCAACCUCCUCUUUGUUCUGUUUGCUGAUGUCAAUUUGCGAGGAGAAGUUUCUAGCCGGGCCAACUCCUUAUUCUGUACCAUGACUCCCCUCUGUUACUGAUUGGUUUGUAGCUCCAGCACAAGACUCAAUUCUGGUGUGUCUCAGUUACCGAGUUACUAUAAAUAAUUUUUAUUUUAUUUUAUUUUGCUUGUCCUCAAAUAAAGAAAGUCAUUUGAAAUGAAAUCACCUCAGAUCAGAUAUAUGUUAAGAUUAUUAUCUGAUUUACCUGAGAUUUGGCUACAUAUAAUGCUGGAAAUGGGAGCAAUCAUAUAUGCGUACACACAUAGUACUUAUAUAAAAAAUACACAACACCAUGUACAUACAUGAAUACAUUAUGUAUGUGCAGUAAGGCUACAUUUUAAAUGCAGUUACUGACAGAUACAUCUCUUAGAGAACAUCACUUAACCGUAAUCAGGAAGUGUAAUUUAAAAAAAAAUAUUUUUAUACACUUAAUAACAGACAUUUUUGCAGGUUUUUCCAGUGCUCUUAUGCUGAGGAAGAGCUGCAGACAUACACUCAGAGGCCAACCCAUAUUAUUUGAUAGCGCUGCUAAAUGUAUUUAUUGGACCGGAGCCAGUGAAAAGAAAUGGUAACGUUUUUGAUAAUAGCACCUUGAAAACCUUACACCUACACACAUAACACACUCUCGUGCACAUACACACGCCUGCACACUUGCAUUGAACAUCCUGUAUUUCAGUAAAGUAGCCAAAUCCAGGAAGUCAUUUCUACACAUGCACCCAAAGUAUGUGAUGCCCAUCUGAUGGAAUGGAGAAUGGUAAUGUAUGUUAUCAUUAUUUAUGUAUAUUGUUUGUGCACGUCAUUAUGCCCAGUUGUAUUAACAUUUUGGCAAAAGCAUAUCAGCACCUUGUUUGUUUAUUAGUAUGGUUUUCAAAUUAUUUUAUUUCAGAUGUCGAUUUAUAAACAAAUAAUCAUCAUCAUAUUUUAUCAUCCAUAUAAUGUAUAAGAUCAUUUUAUGAUUGAGGGGCACUUCGUCAUUGCGUAUAACUCUUUUUCUUCUGUAAAAAGGAUCUUUUGAAAUGUUGUAAUAUAUGUGAUAGUGAAGAUAAAACUUAUUACAAAGUUCUACAGCCUGUAUAUACAUUGGAAAAAUAGGGCUUUUGAUUAGUAGAUGCAGGAAAUACAUUUAUACAUGUAAAGUCUUUUUCAGAGACUGUAAUUUAUCAAAUUUGAUAUACAGUGAAAUGGGGCUAAUGGUAUCCAUCAUGUAAAUUAUCAUAUGUGGUGUUAUAUAACAGUUUGCUUCUUUGGUUUGUGGUUAACUAAGUUCAUGAUCAAAUCAUUUUUAUUCCCAAGGCUUAACCAGUGUUUGCUAUAACCAACAAAUUAUUUAUAUACAUCGACCGUAUUAAGGUACUCGAUUCCUUGUGUUGCUAUUUUGCUGCACCCGGACAAAAAGUUAUAUUGAUCAAGCACAUAUCAACAACACAUGUACUGUCCUAUUCAGUAUAUUACGUUGCAUGCCUUACACAAGUUUUAAGAAAAUUCAAUUAGACUUGAAGAUGGGUUCUCCACGGGACAGGGUGAAUUGUAUUUCCCUUCAGCAUCUCUUUCCUCAUUUUGAAGCAUAAUUUUGUAACGGUAACCAGGGUCAAAGUUAUGCAAUAAUAAUGAAUAGUGCCUCAUAUCACAAACUUGUAAUAUCAACUGCUCUGUGCAGAGUUUCGAUUUCAGCAUGUGUGCUCAAAUUAAUAAAUUUCAAAUGAGAAAAAUCAUGAAUUUUGGAAAAAGCACAGACAACAUUAUGCAAGUCGGACCUCUAAUGUUUAACUUUCUUUUCGCACUGAGCCUUAUGCCAUUGUGUCAAAUGCAGCAUCCUCCCAUAACACUUUCAUGGGCUGUUUAUAGCACGCAUUAUUACUUUGCUUGCAAUAAGUCACUUCCUCUAAGGGGAACAAAACUGAGUUACAAAGGCCUCUUGUUGUUUCAGCUUCAGCACAUUAAUUCAACAUAGUGAUUCCAUGGCAGAUAAUGAGGAAUCUUACUCACAGGAGAAAAAUCUUGUGGCUGGGAUUCCAGCUGUACAGUGACGCCUUUGCUGAUGAAUACUGAUCUUACACUUUCAAUCAGUUCAAUAUCUAUUUUACUUUCUGUGUAACAUCUACUUUUGAUUUCCUGGUUUUGAAAAUUUAAGUAGUGAAGCCAAUGCCUAUGUUUCAAGUUUGCUGAUAUUACGUACAGUAAUCGUUGUUCUUGUAUUUAUGUAAAGUGAGUGUAGUGUAAAUAUAUUGAGAUCUUUUCAUUCUUACCGUAAAAAAAAUGAAAUAAAAUAAAAUAAAAAAUCAUGUGAUAUUGCUCAGCAUCGCUUCAAAAGGGAGAUUCUGCUCAUGGAAUUCCACAUCUGUAAAAGAAAUUUUUAAUCCUGAUAUUUUUCAAAACUUCAAGAACAGGUGUCCUUUUUUCUGUUACGCUUUUCUUUUCUCUGAGAGUUGUUUAAGUAUCCAGUCAGUGUUUUGCCUUUUUCUCUGUAUUUUUCAUAUGGAUGGAGCUGUGAAAUUAAAAUAAGUUCAAACAUAUACAUGUAUAUUAAUAUGAAUGGAGGCAUGAAGGUUAAUAA